AUGGCAGGUCUUCAACAAUACAACUUUUUUCCCACCGAUCUCUUCUACCCUCGUCCGCAACCACAACCAUCUACUGCUUCUUCUCCCACCGUGCUUCCUCUCCAGACUCCAAACACUCAAGAUCAUUCUCAGACUCAACAGCAGCAACAACAACAAUCAGCUACUACCAUGAUCAAACCCACCCCUUCAACUUCUUCUUUGGUUUAUACCCACAAGACACAAUCUUUUGAUGUUAUUGACAAUAACAAAUCUAAAUUGUCACCAAACCCACUUUCUUAUAUGGUUUGGAUCGAUGAAGAAGAUGAAGAAUAG